GUCGGAUUGUUGGACUUGCGCCCUCUUUCGUUCUUUCGUUUGGACUGCGGUGGCCAUCAUAGAGCCUCGUCGGGUCCUUUUUGUUACUACUUUUCAAAUAAAUAAAUAAAAAUGGCGUUCGUUAAAGUGGUCAAAAACAAGCAAUACUUCAAGAGAUUUCAAGUCAAAUUCAAGAGGCGUAGGCAAGGUAAAACCGACUACUAUGCUCGUAAGCGACUCAUUGUUCAAGUUAAGAACAAAUACAACACUCCUAAAUAUCGGCUGAUUGUUCGUUUGUCAAACAAGAACAUUACUGCCCAAGUUGCCUAUUCCAGGAUCGAGGGUGACAAAAUUGUAUGUGCCUCAUACUCUCGUGAAUUACCCAAGUAUGGUGUCAAAGUUGGUUUGACCAAUUACGCAGCUGCCUAUUGCACUGGUUUGCUUUUGGCACGUCGUCUUCUCAAGAAAUUGGGCUUGGACAAUCUGUACCAGGGUACCACUGAGGUCACUGGUGACGAAUACAAUGUUGAAGCUGCCGACGAAGGACCAGGUGCCUUUAGAUGUUACUUAGAUGUAGGUCUUAACAGAACUACCACUGGGGCUAGAGUAUUUGCAGUAAUGAAGGGUGCAGUCGAUGGUGGUCUUAACAUUCCCCACUCUACCAAGAGAUUCCCAGGUUACGAUGAUGAAUCAAAAAGCUUCAACGCUGAAGUUCACAGAAAUCACAUUUUUGGACUUCAUGUUGCCGAAUACAUGAGAAGUCUGGAAGAAGAAGAUCCAGAAGCCUUCAAGAGACAAUUCAGUCAAUACAUUAAAUUGGGAAUCAACGCUGACCAAAUUGAGGGUAUCUACAAGAAUGCCCAUUCGGCAAUCAGGGCUAACCCUGUAGCCGAAAAGAAGGAGAGAGCAGCACCAGCCCAGAAGAAGAUAGUCAAGCGCAGGAAGUUGACUUUGGCCGAACGCAAAGACCGCGUCGCCCAGAAGAAGAAGAGUUACAUUGCAAAACUGCAAGAACAGGAACCCUAGACGGUUUAUUGUAUUAUAAAAUAUGCAUAAUUUGUGUAAUAAAUACACAGUCAUGUUAUAGUUGUUUUUUUUUUUUAUUAAAAGGGGUGGUUUUGUUAUUAGAUGAUUCUUUAUUUAACAAAAAUCAAUGCAGAUACCUAUCCUAUGAAAAUAACUGGGAGUAAUACAUAUUAGAAUUUCA